CUGUGUCGGCACCUUGUGGCGGAGAACUGCCACUGCCGAUAUCUACUCUGUCAGUUUGCUGUCCAAUAUGGCAACCAGGUGGGCAAUCUGUAGCGCGGGGAAGAUCAGUCAUGACUUCACGGUAGCCCUGAAAACUCUUCCUCCUGAAGACCAUCAGGUUGUGGCUGUGGCAGCUCGCAAGUUAGAGGAUGCACAGGAGUUUGCCAAAAAGCACAGCAUCUCUAGAGCAUACGGCAGCUAUGAGGAGCUGGCCAGAGAUCCGGACAUAGAUGUGGUGUAUGUUGGAGUUAUCCACCCCUACCAUCUGAGCACUUGUCUGCUCUUUAUGAACGCCAAGAAGAAUGUGCUGUGUGAGAAGCCGCUGGCCAUGAACACCAAGGAGGUGCAGGAGAUCCUGGCCUCUGCCAAGACGAAUGAUGUCUUCUUCAUGGAGGCUAUCUGGACCCGAUUCUUCCCGGCCUCAGUGGAGAUCAAACGGCUGCUGGCCCAGGGGGACGUGGGCGAGGUGAAGAUGGUGAGAUCGGAAUUCGGUAUACCGCUGACGCACGUGCCGAGAUCGGUGCAGAAGGAGCUGGGCGGAGGAGCAAUGCUAGAUAUUGGCGUCUACUGCCUGCAGUUCAUAUGCAUGGUGUAUAAUGGAGAGAAGCCAGAGUGCAUCCAGGCCACGGGGGUCUGCAUGGAGACAGGAGUGGAUGAGACUGUAGUUGUAACUCUGAAGUUCUCCAAGAACAGGAUGGCAGUGUUUAUUUGCUCUUCGGGUAUGCAGCUGCCCAAUGACGCCAUUAUUGUGGGUACAAAGGGCACCAUCAGGGUGCCUGAACAUAUGUGGUGCCCCACAUCAUUGGUGGUGAAUGGGAAGGAGACUCAGUACCCAGUGCCAGAACCUUAUUUACCUCUCAACUUCUUCAACAGCACAGGGAUGCGUUACGAAGCAGAGGAAGUUCGACAGUGUUUGCUCAAAGGGCUGAAGGAGAGUGCAGUUAUGUCCCAUGCUGACUCUCUCCUGCUGGCUGAGGUGGAGGACGAGGUUCGCAGGCAGGUGGGGGUGGUGUAAAAACCAGGACUGCCUGUCCUGCCAAUGUUAAACAUGAGGCUAGAUUGGCUGUCCUUUGUUGGAUAGAACAAGUUUAUAAUGGAGAAUAAAUUCUUUAUGUUCUAACGGGACUUUACAUUAAUACACUAUCAGUGAGGAGCAUGUUGAGGUUAUUUGGCUAAGCAUGAUUAGCUUCAAUGUGGUUCAUGUGUUCUGAUGAAGAUGCUUGACAUAUUUGUAAGCUCUUAAGUUCAUCAUAAACUUAUUCACAACCUCACUGGAUACUAGACUGUAAAACCUUUGAUCAUUUAUAAAAUAUAUUUUUAAUGAUAUUUUCUUUAGUUUAGUCUCUCCAGAAUCUUUCACCACUUCUUUCACUUAAUGUAAAUUUACUGUAGUACCACCCGUAAAUUUAAAUUCAUGAUUGUUCAUUGUGAAAUAAAACAUUUGCGAGGCAGA